AUGAGUGGUCGAAGUACAGAUAAAGCAAGAUCUGAGAUUGAAGAAGUGUUGAAAGAAAACAAUGGAAAAAUGAGUAUGGACGCGAUCCAACGUUUAACAUAUUUGGAAUGUUGCAUUAAAGAAUCAGUGAGACUUUAUCCAAGUGUACCAGUUAUUUCAAGACGAAUUGAAGAAGACUUACAACUAAAACAUUGCUUUGUACCAAAAGGAACAAUUGUGAACGUCCUCAUCUUCGACGCUCAUCGCGAUCCGAAUUUCUGGCUGCGUCCAAAUAUUUUUGAUACAAAUAGAUUUUUUCUGGGGCGGCCGGAAGACAGACAUCCUUAUUCUUACACUCCUUUUAGCGCCAGACCCCGCAACUGCAUAGGUCAAAAGUUUGCAAUGCUCGAAAUGAAGACAUUUUUGGCUGGACUGCUCUACAACUUUCACUUGGAACCUCAAGAAGCUACCGAAGCUGUUCGAGUUUAUUCUGAUCUUGUAAUCAGACCUACCUCUCCAGUUUAUGUCAACUUUGUACCAAUAAUAAGAUAA